UAGCCCGGAGAGCCCGGCACAGCCCGGGGAUCCCGGCACAGGCCGGAGAGCCCGGCACAGCCCGGAGAGCCCGGCACAGCCCGGGUAUCCCAGCACAGCCCAGGAUCCCAGCACAGCCCGGGGAUCCCGGCAGGGCGCAGCACUGCCCGGACAGCCCCGCGCUCUGCGGGCGGCCGGUGACCCGGGGCGGGCGGGGGUCAGCCCGGCCUCCCGGGCAUCCGCCGGGGCGGGGGCGGCGGGGCUGGCCGCAGUCGCCGCUGUCCCCGCAGUCCCCGCAGUCCCCGCUGUCCCCGCGGCCGAGCAGCGCGAUGCCGCUGCAGCAGGGCUCUGCCCGGGCGCGCCAGCGCACCGUGCUCCUGGUGGGCAUCGCCGUCCUGCUGGCCGCCCUCGUCCUCGCCGUCGUGCUGGCCUCUCUCCUGACCCACGGAAGGCACGAGGUCACCCCCAAAAUGCUGAAGUGGAAGGACAGAGGGACCACGAAGAACUUGCAAGAAGUUAUUCUGGGAAGAUGCUACAACUACAUCACGGCGCAGCACCCAGAGCUGGGAGAUAAGGAUUGUCUGAAAAUAUGGGAAUCAUUAAAAGAUGUGUUCAUUUACAAGAAUCCCUGUAAUAUCACACCAGAGGAUUACCAGCCUUUAAUGGAGCUAGCGAGCCAUCCCAUACCCUGCAACAAGUCACUGUUCUGGAGCAAGACAGGUGACCUCGUUCAUCGUUAUACAAAAUCCAAUCAAAAUUUCCUCACCUUGGAGGACACCUUGUUGGGUUAUAUGGCUGAUAGAAUUUCAUGGUGUGGAGACCCCUCUGCCCCAGGAAUCAACUAUGAAUCUUGUCCAAAACGAAAUGAAUGUGAGAGCAACCCUGGCUCAGUGUUCUGGAAAAUGGCAUCCAAGAUGUUUGCAGAAGCAGCCUGUGGUGUGGUUCAAGUGAUGCUCAAUGGAUCAGUAGAAGCUGGAGCUUUCAGGAGCAGCAGCAUUUUUGGAAGUAUUGAGAUCUUUAACCUGGAUCCAGAUAAAGUCACUGAAGUGCACAUUUGGCUUAUGCAAAACAUUGGUGGACCUCAAAGUGAAUCCUGCUCAGGUCAGUCCAUUCAGAGGUUAAUAAGCAUUUUAGAAGAACGAAACUUUAAGAUCAUCUGUGAAGACAAUUACAGGCCUGUUCAGCUCCUUCAGUGUGUGCACAACCCAGACCACACAGACUGCAGGCUUUGCACCAACAGCUCAGCAAUUCCGUGAAGCAGAGUUCUCCGUGCUACUGAAGGAUUCCCUUGCUUGUGUGCAGAGCUGGAGGAGAUUUGGCUACAUAGCUAAGAGUGAUAACAGUAGCAUGGUGUGUGCUGAGUCCAUAACCAGAAGUCCUUGCUGUGAUACUAACAGCCAAAUAGCAGGAGAUGGUACCUGAGGUGUGCUGCUGUACACACACACACACAAACACUGUUUCAGACGGGCUGCGGCUGUGGUCAGCGAUUGAAGGCAGAUGCUUUGCCCUGGUUUGCUCCUUCCUAUACAGCUUGCACAGAGCAGGGAUUCCCUGGGGCAUGCACAGAGAAGAAGAGACUUUCCAGGGUAGGCAGAACUCACCUAGGUCAGUGUUCAUCUUCCUUCCUGCUGAAAGGUUCAGCAGGAAAUGGCCAGGGCGUGCUACGUUUUCCCUGCAUCCCAGUGCAACCUUCCCCAGAGGGGAAUGUUUUCAUUGGCACAUAGUAUAAAUCACGGCUUUCCCAGGUAUUGUGGCACUUCUGACCAGGCAAAGCAAGCAAUGGAAUAGGCAGAGCAGUUCUUGCCUUUUAAUGGGUAUCACAGUAAGCAGCUGGUGGGAAGACAGCUGAGCUGAGCUAAGAAAAAACCAGAAACUGCUCAGAGGGUUGCCUGCACCUGUAAAAACUGCUUAGUAUGCAUCUGGGAGAGAAAAUAGUGAGACUGACUCAGAUAGCUCCAUUAAAAUCCUACUGGAUAUACCA